AUGGAUUCCGGAGACACGACAUGGAUCAUCGUCUCUACUGCACUUGUGCUUGGAAUGAGCCCAGCACUAGCGUUCUUCGAAGCUGGGAUGUUGCGAUCCAAGCACUCUCUCUCCAUCAUCUCUCAGGCGUUUGCGGGGAACGCGCUGCUCUCUGUGAUGUGGCUGCUCUUCGGCUACACCCUGUGCUUUGGCCCCACCAUGAACGGCCUCAUCGGUGCCCCAUCGCAUCUGCUCUGGUUCAACGUGCGGUAUGAUCAGUGUGGCCCUCACGCCAAGAACAUCCCAGCAGCUCUCUUUGCGCUCUUUCAGAUGAUGUUCGCCUCCAUCACGCCGCUGCUCAUGACUGGGUCCUUCGCCGAGCGCCUCCGGUGGGACUGUUUCCUGGCCUUCACCGUGCUCUGGGAGCUCUUCGUCUACUACCCCGUCUGCCACUGGAUCUGGGGAGGAGGCUUCCUGGGUACCUGGGGGGUCAAGGACUUUGCGGGAGGGAUCGUGAUUCACGUGUCAGCUGGGGUGGGGGCGCUGGUCGUUGCCAUGAAGGACUUUCAUCUCUACCAUGGAGAGUUUCCUCCGUCCAAUCUGCCACUUGCUGGCAUCGGCACGGCUCUUCUGUGGAUGGGCUGGUUUGGUUUCAACGGAGGAUCCGCACUGCAAGCAGGAAAUCUUGCUGUGUCUGCUGUUGUUAGCACUCACAUUGCAGCUUGCUUCUCGGCGUCUGUUUGGCUGAUCUUGUCGAUGAUCCAUCACCGACCAGCGGCGACCGGGAUCUUCAACGGAGUUCUUGCUGGGCUAGCAGGCAUCACGGCAGCGUCGGGGUGGAUCAGCACGCAGGCGACCAUCUUCAUCGGCAUCACGUGCGGGUUCGUGUCCUACUACGGCAUCCGGCUGUCCAAGGCGCGGCUGCACAUCGACGAUGCUCUUGACGUCCACAUGGUUCACGGAGCGACCGGUGCUGUCGGCGCUGUCCUCCUUGGGGUGUUUGGGAGGAGGGAGUCGGAGGAAGUGUCGAGUCUCGACUGGGUGGACCACGGAGAGGUUGCCUACCACAGACUUUCUGUCCUACCUCCUGGCAAGCAAGGGUUGGCAGAGGAGUACUCCACCAUCUCCGAGGAUCUGCAGCUGCCCAUGGAGGACGAGUACUUCCGCAAGAACACUUUACUCAUCCAGGAGGACAGCGGGACGGAGUCGGACAAGCUGCUGAAUCUUGCAAGACAAGGGAAAGGAAGGGUCGGGUAUGGUCUGUGA